AUGCAAUCCAAGCAUCAGUUCGAAAUCGAUGCCGAUGGGACGUUGUCAUUUAAUGGCGAAAAUUUCGUUACGUGGGGCGAAACGGAAGAAAGGCGAAUGUAUGCAAAGAAGAUUCCAUAUGCCAUAUGGCUCUCUCGAGACGGCAGAAGAAGCGUACAAUGCGAACACGGCCGAUGGAGGAAGGAUAUAGCACUUGAAGAAACUAAAUUUAACCGGGCUACAGAUGACGGUCGUCGGUCUUUAUGUCGUUGGGGAUUUGCCGCGGAGUCCGAUCAGGCGGUGAUUAACGUCGCGUCGUUGUCGGGCUAUUUGAAAAAACCGCGGCAUGUCGAUAAAGCGACGCAUGACAGGCGGAAUCGCUUCAUAGGCGCCAGUUGGAGGACAGGGCGCCUGGUCAGCAUCAGAGGUGGUCCUUCGUUCAUUUCAGGACAACUCGGCAUCCUCGGUUUCUUCGGACCUGCAAAAUUCGCGCGCGACAGUGGAGCCAACGGCAUUCUGAUAGAUGUUCAACGCUGGAAGACAGGCCAGAAACAGAAUGAGUUUGGAGAACUGCCGGUGCUUGACAUUCCGGUGAUCAUUACGGACAGCUUACAGUCAGAGGCCAUCAAAACGGUUCUUCGAGAAGCGUCUAAAGCGAAUUUGCCGGUCAGCGUUUCGCUUGGACCAACAAAACACAUGAGUUUGUUGCGUAAGGUGCAGACCAUACCGGUAGGCGGUUUCCAGGAAACGUUUCCUAACAUUCUGGACAAAGGCGUGUUUCCUGCACUGCUCGUACUUUUAUUUAUUUUUGCUGUGAUUAUCUUACUGAAGGUGAAAUGGCAUCGCCGGAACAGUACGGACAUAUCGUUAUGCAAAUUAGCUGAAAGUGCUUUAUCAAAGAUGGAAAUAAAAAAGUUUAAGCCGGUUAAGAAAUGCAAAGGUUCGAUGGUUCCCGGUUACAAUGGCGAGACGGAACUGCUUACAAGCUGCAGGGCCAGUCUCAACAGUUUGGACAUGUGCGCGAUAUGCCUGGAGGGUUACAAAGAAGAAGAAGUAAGAGUCUUUAUUGUAGAAGCGACCGUACAGUUAGAAUAUUUAUCUACUCGAUGUUGAUG